UUUCCGUCACAUACCUAUCACUUCUCCCACCGUAUUAGAACCUCACUGGAUUCUGGAGAAAGGCACCGAUUGUCAAGACAAAAGUCAGUCCUUCUGAUAUUUGAGACUGGUACAUACAUGGCAAGGGGAAAGGUGACAAGGGCGUCCCUCCGUGCACGGGUCCAUCUGCGUCAUCAAACCACACGCUCUUUACCUCAGGCACAUAUCAUA